AUGAAAAUAGCAGAAGGUGUUGCCAAGGCUUUGAAAUAUUUGCAUGAUCAAAAAGAUCCUCCUAUAAUUUAUAGUGGCUUGAAAAGUGCCGCCAUUUUAGUGGACGAAAAUUAUAAUCCAAAGCUGUCAGAUUUCUGCCGUGCAAAACAUGAGUAUGCUCUUUGCGGCAAACUCACUUUGAAAUCUGAUGUCUACAGUUUUGGAGUUGUUUUGCUUGAGUUGAUAUCUGGGCGGAAGGCAGUUGAUGAAACCAAAUUUUAUACUUCUGAAGAAUGGCAUACUGCUGCAUGGGCACGACCAUUGCUUAUGGAAAGAAAGCAGUUCCCUGACCCACUCAUGAAAGGACAGUAUCCAUACCGUGGGCUUGUCCAAGCUCUCAAUCUUGCGAAAAUGUGUCUACAACAAGAAGAAGCUCAGCAAAGACCUUGUAUAGCAGAAGUUAUGACUACUCUAUCCAGUUUAGUCUCCCAAAUUUAA